AUGGCUCUCCUCCGUUCGCCGAAAGAGAUGCCGGGCUUCAUGGAGGUAUCGGUGGAAGUCGCUGAGGCCAUCGCGAACAACAAACCAGUGGUGGCCCUCGAGAGCACCAUCAUCACCCACGGCAUGCCCUAUCCGCAGAAUUUGCAAUCGGCCCUUGAGGUGGAGAGAGUCGUACGAGAUGCCGGCAGCGUGCCUGCCACUAUAGCGCUCUUGAGAGGGAAGGUUAAAGUUGGCUUGACGGGGGCGGAGAUCAACGAGAUCGCCGAGAUGGGACCAAGCAAGUGCUCGAAGGUCUCUAUACGCGACAUAGGGCUGUUGGUGGCCAAUAAGGGCUAUGGAUCCACUACAGUAGCAGCUACUAUGCGCAUAGCCUCAAUGGCUGGCAUACGAGUGUUUGCUACUGGUGGUAUUGGUGGAGUUCACAGAGGGGCCGAGUCAACAUGGGAUGUGUCUGCUGAUCUCACUGAGUUGGGCUCUACUCCAGUAGCAGUAGUUUGUGCUGGUGCCAAAAGUGUGCUGGAUCUUCCCAAGACGCUUGAAUUCCUCGAGACGCAAGGGGUGCCUGUCCUCGGUUGGGGUACGGAUAUUUUCCCGGCAUUCUUCACCCGGGAUAGUGGUCUUCGGACCUCUGGUGUUGUGGACGAUGCUGAUCAUGCUGCGAGAUUUCUGGCAGCCUCCGACCGCUUCUUCUCGGUACCACGUUACAGACGUCCAGGGUGCGUCAUAGCAUGCCCAGUACCGGAGGCGGGAGCUGCUGAUAUGAAAAGGAUAGAAGAGUGCACUAAGGCGGCGUUGAAGGAAGCUGAGGGGAACGGUGUUCAAGGCGCUGAUGUAACUCCCUUUCUGCUCAAGAGGAUCAACGAGUUGACGGGUGGAGAGAGCUUAGCGGCUAAUCUGUGUCUUAUUAAGAACAAUGCAAUGGUCGCCAGCCAGAUAGCAGUAGCCUAUCAUCAGAGCUUCUUCCGCCAAAGAGGCGAGGCGGCAGGCCCUGGGGCGGUGGCGGUGUUGGGAGGGAUAGCAAUGGACAUCACUGCUAAGGCGAGUGACCCAACGAGUGCACGGGCUCAGCUUUCUGUCGAUGUCCACUGGAGGGUCGGCCUCUCCUUGGCAGAGAGCAUGGCGAUGUUGGGGGCGACACCUGUUUAUCUCAGUGUCGGUCGGGAUAGCCAUGGGAAGCCUGAUGCAAUAGGGGUGCCUACCACCAAUGUGAAGGAGUUGACCAGCGAGUCCACUGGUACAUGUACCCUAGUACUUGACGGUCGUGGAGAGCUUAUAUCGGGUGUAGCCGCGAUGGACAUCUUCGACCGUCUCGUCCAUCCCCUCAUCAACAUCCCUCAAGUCCUCAGACAGGAGGAUAUGUCUCAGCUCAGGGUCCUCUUGGUAGAUGCCAACAUCCCUAGGGACACCAUUGUUCGGGCCUCGAAGGCCUGCAGGGCCCGAGGAGUGGAGUGUUGGUUGGACCCUGUGAGCACAGUGAAGGCUGCUUCAAGAGUCGGCAAGGCCAGCGAUACUGGCGAAGAGCUCCUCGACACUGUCGAUGUCGUCUCGCCCAACAUGCGUGAACUAGCGGUGUUAGCCUCUAGCUAUCUUUAUCCGGCCCAGAUAGAGGUGGAGCCUCUGAGGAAGGAGGAAGUCAUCCAAUGGGGCCUCACCACUGCUACAUUGUUACUAGAAAGGAGCUCAGUGAGGCGCGUGUUGGCAUCGUUCGGCAAGCGAGGUGUCAUACUAGUCACCAAGGAGGCUCUUACUCCUCUGCCCUCUAGUAUAAGUCCACUGUGCCGUAGCAUUGGAGGAACACUGCAGAUAAAGGCACUGCCAACAACCUCCUCUAGUAUCACAGCUGUACACUACGCUGCUGAGCCUGUCGAUAGCAUGGUGAGCUCCACUGGAGCCGGCGACAACCUUCUCGCUGGUGCAGCAUGGGCGUAUGCUUGUCGUGGAGUCCCAAUAGAGAGGGCUGUGGUGGUCGGUAUGGCGACUGCUAGGAUGAGCCUCUUCACAGAGUCGGCUUGCCAUCCUGAUCUGUGUUCCGAGGAAGUGGAGCAUCUCCUCUCGGAAGGAGCCGGCAUCAGCAAGCUAUGACGUGUCGUGACGAUCGUGACUUUUUAACUUCUGAAGACCGCGCCGUAACCUUUUUCUAUGACGUGAAACCUCUAUAUUACCGC